UAUCAUCGUCUCGACCGGACCGCGAAUGACAUUUGCAAUUGCAGCAGAUCUCUCUCAGCCCGCUUCCCGAUUUCUUCUCUCUGGCUUCCCAUAGACUGAGAAUUCGUUCUUCAAAUUCUUCUUUCUCAUUACAACUACUCGUAUAAACACUUUGCCAGAUGCUCCGGCGCACUUCAAUUCGUAACGAUUUGGAUUCUUGCGGUUUCUUUGUCGCUGUGAUGAUUACUCGGAGGUAGAGUGAAUAUGGAAAGGGACUUUCAGCGUUCCGCUUCUGUACGGGCAAGUCGGAGGCAAGAACGCAAUAAUCUACAGUAUAGAGCUAAAGAUACUGAAGGUGGAUUCUUUUCGCCGGGAAGGUUGCCUCAAGAUUACCCGAUGAAGAUUAUCUGGAAGAGGGGUUUUAUUCGUCUGGUUCUUGUGGGGGGCAUCUUGUGGAUGCUGCUCAUUCUCCUUGCACUACUGUUUCACGUUUGGUCUUGCCAGUCGUCAGUAGCCUUCUUUUCAGCUAUUUGUAAUAAGGAGGGCAAGUUAUUCUUUAUGUUAGACACAAUGGGACUUGUACCAAAGCCACAACAUCGUUGUCCUAUUCCUGUUGUGGAUGACCCAGACAAAAUAAUUAUUCCAAAGAAACGAAGUCCUGAAAAAGUCAUUAAGCAUUUAUCAUACGUUAUGGAGGAUGAGGUAGCAAAUAAUGGAUCUCAAUCACCGCCACUAUUUGGAGGCCACGAAAGCUGGUCACAAAGAGAGGACAGUUUUAAAUUAAAAUCGACUAUGAAGGUGCACUGUGGCUUCAUACAAGGUGGUGGAGCAGAAAUGGAUCCAAGAGACGUCAAUUAUGUGAAGAAGUGUAUAUUUGUUGUUGCAUCUGGCAUUUUUGAUGGAUAUGAUGUCCCUCAUCAGCCUUCAAAUGUCAGCCCACGUUCUCAAAAGCUAUUUUGCUUUCUGAUGGUGGUAGAUGAAAUAUCAAUUGACUUCAUCAAGAAAAAUGUUACUGUCAGAGUGGACUCAGAUGGGGGACAGUGGGUUGGUAUUUGGCGUCUUAUUCUACUCAAACACCCACCAUAUGAUGAACCCAGGAGAAAUGGAAAGGUCCCCAAGAUAUUAACCCAUAGAUUAUUUCCCCAAGCAGAGUACAGCAUCUGGAUUGAUGGUAAAAUGGAGCUACUAGUUGAUCCAUUGCUCAUUCUUGAAAGAUACUUAUGGCGUGGGAAGCACACAUUUGCCAUUGCUCAGCACAAACACCAUCGCAGUAUAUAUGAGGAGGCUGAUGCAAACAAAAGGAGGAAGCGGUAUGCUAGGCCUCUUAUUGAUCUUCACAUGAAAAUAUACCGUUAUGAAGGGAUGAAGCCAUGGAGUCCAAAUAAGAAAACCGUUAGUGAUGUGCCAGAGGGAGCAGUCAUAAUACGAGAACAUACCGCUCUGAAUAAUUUGUUUUGCUGCUUGUGGUUCAAUGAGGUCGACCUCUUUACGCCAAGAGAUCAGCUAAGCUUUGGGUAUGUUGUUUACAGGCUAAGGGGCAUGUUCAAAUUCUUGAUGUUUCCAAAUUGCGAGUACAACUCGCUCUUUAUUUUGCACUCACACACUCGGGAGCACUCCUCCAAAGUUGAAUGGGUGAAAUCCUUGGAUGAGUUUAAGGGAAACAAUAGUGCUCUGAAAGAGAGCAGGGGAGGAUUGGGGUUAUGGACUCCUUACCCGGGGAAUCUUGAUUCAGUAGUACUACCCCCUGUAGCAAGAGCAUCAAAAGCCGGAUGAGUCUGUUAAACCAUCAGGCUUUUUUGGCUCACGCUGCUUUUGUUUUUUGUUUUUGUUUUUUUGUACAAACUCUGUACAGUUCUUCUUCCCGCUUUGUUGGGGGGAUGAAUUGGUCUCUUUUAGGUCUUUGUGCAAUACUUUUUAAAGAAAUAGUUGGGAUCAUUUUUUGUUUUU